UACAACUGUUUUAUUCGUUUUGCACACCCAUUAGAAAAUUAUGUACUUUUGCCGCGCUGCACCAAAUUAAGUAAAAAUUGGGCGCUAUGUGCAAAAUUUUUCGGUGAAUCCGACAGCGGGUUCCUUAAAAUUAUACUUUGACUUCUUGUGAGUAUACUUACGGUGAACCAGUUCCAGAUCCAGUUUUGAUCCUGUCAGAUGGCAAAAAAUUGCUUUUUAAGAAACCAAAUCAGAUAGAAUAUGAUUUUACAGAUAGAUUUCAAAAUAGUUUGAUAACUACGUUAGAUCUUCGAUCUCAGUCAUGCACAAAAUUUAUUCAUCUAUCGUAUGUUAACGGAGAACCAUUAGUUGGUGCUUUAGGCAGUGAUUCAGUUUAUAUUAUUCAUAGCUGUGAUAGUCUAUGUAAUCGUACUACUGAAAAUCAUCUAAAAUCAGCUGAACAAUUUAAUUAUAUAAAAAUUCGUGGACAUUAUACUGAUAACAAUAAUAAUGGUGAACAAGACUUUGGUGGCAUAAUUGAUAUUUAUGAAUGGAAAUGUCAGGAGGAUGAAUUUAAUUCAGACAUUAUAAAUAACUAUUGUUUGUUAUCACAUUUAGAUUUAAAUAAAUCAAUUACAAAUGUAAUCUUCUAUGGAAAAAAACGAAAAUCUCGCCUUCAAAUAUUGAAAAAUACCACAAAUAAAAUUUCACAUUUGCAUAUUGAAAAUGAUUAUAUUGUUACAUUGGAUGAUACAAAAAACGUUAAUGAAUCCAAAUGUUUGCAUAUCCACGAUUCUUUGAAACUUUAUGACAAGAGUAAAAUAACCAAACGUGCUUUACGUUGUAAAUUGUACGGAAUUAUGCCAUUUGGAUUAGCAACUUUGUUCAGCGGAUAG